AAGGAGGUUCUAGAUUUAGUUCCUGGUUUUGAUUCCUGGACAGUUUUAUUGUCCGCGAUUGUAUGCUACUUUCCACUGGAGAACACGACAGGACUUUAUCGAAAAUUUAUUUUAAGUUGAACCGAGUACAUCACGAAUUUAACUAACACGGGAAUCUGUUCUUCCUGUUCUCACGCUGUCAUUCCGUGGCCACAGGGAAACGAUGAGGUGGAGCUUACUUUUCCUAACUGAUGUCGAUUACUACAAGUCUUUCUGAAGUUUUCUUUGAACUCAAGCUCAGAUGGAGGAGGCUUAUUCAGCACUGUACCAGGAGUUUCUCCGUCUGCAGUCACUCUGCUUAAAACAAGCAGCAAUGCUGCAACAUCUUUCUGAAACAGUACAAAGACAGCAAGGUUUGGUCUCAGCUCUUAAAAGGGACAACUCUCCUUCCCAGUGUACAGAGGAAAAGACAAGAAACCAGCCCCAUCCCUCAGAAUACCAGGAACAAAAACCUCAAAGACAUCUCACAGGACCACACCAUCAAACUGAUAGUGAUCUCAGUCAUAUUGACAGAAGUCUAGACAGAUUGCAUCUGAACCUGGACCUUCCAGAUGGGCAUGAUAAAGCAGUUUUCCAGAAUCCUGUUAGGACCACAGGUAACAGUGCUUGGGAUGACCUGAGGAAAGCUGAGGAGCGCUAUCAUGUCACCCAGACUUCACAACGGUUGCGGAGGCCCUGGUCAUCCUCCUUUCUGGACAGUGAGUUGGUGAGUCAGGCCGGAGGUCUCUUCAUGUCUGAAGUCACGCUGCAGUCACAGGUGUGUGAGUUCUGUCAUGCCGUGUUUCCUGGACAUACGAGCACUCGUGGAGAAUUUCUGCGUCAUCUCACCACACACAUGACCUGAACACAUGCAGUGCUGAGAAUGUGACUAUGAGAUACAUUAUUGAUAAAAUAACUGAUAGAAUAAAGAAACAAAUUAUUUUCUUCAUCAUUAAUUUUGAUAUUAAAAAACAUUUUGGUUUGGUAUUAGAAAGACCGUUAGAUUUUGUCUAAAAAAGAGUGAAUCCAUUUAGAAUAAAUUAAGAUAAUUAGAUAUGGUACAGUAGUUAGUCAGUAUGUAUGGUAAGUCAAAAAUGGUAUAUAUGCCAUGUCAAUACACUGAAAAUGUAAUGAAUAGGUUCACAAACAUUUAGUGCACUGAUAAACCAAGAACAACAACAAAGAGACAGCUCUGUCACACCAAAAACUUGUAAUUACUUGGAUUCAUCACAAAAAUGUGCCUGUUUUCUAUGAAUGGAAAUUUUACUAUGAUUCUAUAUUUUUUUCAGCAUGUCAUAAUGCACAAAGUGCGAGUAAACAGAACUGUGUGGAUAACUGGGCUGUUUUUUUUUUUAUAACAGUUUUGUUGAUCUGUCACUGAUCACCAUCAAUUAAAAAAUAUGAGAACUUGAGCGGGUUGUUUACUACCAAUGAAAGACUAACUGUUUGUAGUGAUAGUAUCAUCAGUUGUUAUAUGUAAGGCAUCAAUUGAAAUCAAAUGUGUCCUGUGGUUGUCAUUAAUGCUAUGAAAUCUCAUUAGCUGAUCAUUGUUGACUUUCUGUAUAGUUAUGCUUUAGCAAGCAAGCUGUCAAGUGUAGAUGUGAUAGACUGUUUUUUUAUUUUAUUUAUUUGGCUUCUGUUUAACAAUGUUAAACCUUUAAAAUAUUGGGGGAAAUUAAAUAAUGUGCAUAUUUACACUACCACUCUAUCUCAGA